AUGCCCAGUGAUCUCAUGAACUAUCUUAACAGUACGCUGCUAAAGGCAGAGGAAAUUGUCUAUUCGAGUAAUUUGUGGGCAUUUUUGGUUGGCUACACCAACACUCAUUUGGUGACUCGAUUACAACGGUACGAGCACACUUCGCACCUUGUAAGCACUCCUAUCUCUAUUUUUAUCUCUGCCUCAUUUGCCUACGGAGUUACAUUAUUAGUUAUUUAUGAAACUAUCAAGUAUAUCGGUAUAGCACUUGGUUUCUGGAAAGCUGCAUUGCCGUUGGAGGAUGAUAAUGAACCCGAUUACACUGCUCACGUCUACAUCUCCCUCAAUACGAUUCCAGAAAAAAAAAUCAUCGAGGCUGGAUCUAAAUUGAAUCAGCUUGGAUUAAAAGCUUUCAAGAAGAAGGACUUGGAGAUGGAAUUCCCUAUUAUGUACCACUUUGAAUUCGAACCCGAGGAUUACGCAGAUCCAGAGUUGGGAACUCAUUUGAAGAGUCUUAGAGGUAGAGUGUUGGAGUGGUUCCUUAGCUCUCAGCAGUACUAUCUCAGUAAGGACAAGUACAGAGACAAAUUUUUGCCUGAGCAUGUAUAUUUAUUUGACAAGGAGGGUUCGAUCUUAGAAAAGGAUGACGAAUUCUUGUGUAACAUGGGCGUCGAAAAUGGUCAUACUGUGCAUGCAAUAAUUGGAUUCUGA